AGGAGGUGCGCACGCGUCCGCUCCGUGCAGAGCAAGGCCGGCCGGCCCAGCCCAGCCCAGCAGCGCUCCCGGGAUGCCGCAGAGGCGACGGCGCCUGCCCGCGAGGACCGUGUGACGCCGGACCCCCUCCGUGUGCUGCCGCGGCCCACCGCCAACAAAGCCGCCGCCACCACCACAACAACAACAUUCCCUUCCUUUGUUGUCGCGUUCCCCAGACAGCGGCGGCGGGACGCGCAGUGCUUCGACACCACCACCCCACCCCUCCGUACGUGUGUACGCGGACACUCUCUCUUUUCCUCGGUAUCUCAACAAAACCCGACAUCGGCCACCACCCCUAACAGUUCUCUCGUCUCUGCCACCCACCCCGGUACCGGAAAAAAAAGGCGUAAAAUUUUUUUUUACGUCCCGGGCGUCAGUGAAAUAUGCUCAAGUUUCUCACCCACAAACUGAGGACACAUUCUCUGAAUGAAGAUCAGCCGCACCAGGACAAGGCAGACGACGACCACGACUCGGGAACGGAAUCUGACGACGAGAACGGAGAGGCAGACGACCCGGAAAGCAACUCAGAACAGCCCUGUAUCUCGCCAGUUCUCGGUCAGCUCGUGCCUCUACGAUCUGCAUCCGUCGAGCGUUCACAAGGAGCUGAAACGGUCGCGGAGCACGGAAGAAAACUAUCUAUGGAGAGCGAGGCGGAGCGGUCGAGCGGCUCUGCGGUGAGUCCGUUCCCCAGCCUGGCGCCGUCGGUGGCGUCGACGUCGGCGUCUGCGGGCCCGAGCGCGGGCGUCGCGGCGCUGACCGCCUGCAGCCCGUACUUCCUGGACUCGGCGCUGCCCAGCGACAGCGACCACAACUAUGACCACGACCACGACCACCACAGCUCGGAGGAGGAGCUGGAGGUGAUCAACAGCUGCCCCGCCGCCGUGGCGCCCGCCAGCACCCUGCUCGUCACGGUGCGCAGCGGCAGCGUCACCGUGCCCGAGAAGCGCAAGUGGUCCCAGUAUGACCAGGAAGGAAUCUAUAACUCGAUCCAGGUGUGGCCCACCUUCCUCGGCUGUUCUCCAGGACAGCGCGUGACGACAUGGCUGUUGCAGGUGACGCACCAGGCGGCGCCGCACGUGCUGCUGGCGACGGACUGCUCGUCGGGCGGCGGCGGCGGGUCGAGCUCGUCGUCGGACGACGAGGUGCAGGGCCUGCUGGCGGCCAUGUCGACGCCGGUGCGCUUCCGCACGUGGCCCCCGCUGGACGCGCACAAGCCGGGCCGCUCGCUGUCGCCGCCGCCCAAGCUGUUCCACUAUGCGGCCUCCGCCGACGCCGCCCCCGCGCCCGCCUGCGGCCUCGCCCCCGCCGCCUCCGCCUCCUCCGCCUCCGCCGCCGCAGCCGCCGCGGACGCCUCGCCGCGCAAGAGGCACCGCCACACGCCGCGCGCCUCGCACAUCCAGCGGCCCUGCCUCGACUUCGAGAAGAUGCAGCAGCUGAAGGCGCGAGCGGUGACGGCGUGGAGGCACGGAGGAGACCGUGGGGGCGAGCUGUCCGUCUUCUGCUGGUAGGCCGGCCACGACGACCAAGACGUCGACGACGACGACGACGACGACGCCGCCGCCAGCGCUGCCAAGCGGCAGGGACCGUACAAACAAACUGUACAACACGGAAAAACAAAUUAUAUAUAUAUAUACACACACACAAAACACACACAAACACAAAUAUAAAUAAAUAUAUAUAUAUAUAUAAUACAGGAUAUAUACAUGAAAUAUAAUUCUAACAUAAUAGAUAAAACACAUGGACGUUUUUUUAAAAAUAAAUAAAAUAAAAUGGCUUGGUAUUUUGAACGUGACAGAAAGUGUGUACGCGCUGAGGAAGAGAUGAAGCAUCUUCCUGUUUUGCGAUGCGGUUGUGUGGUGCAAUUCCAGCCUUUGUUUUAUUUUUAUUUUAUUUUUUCCUCCCGCAAGAGCGCAUUUUUUUGUUUAGAAAAGAGAGUUGUGGGCUGUUAUCAGCCCGAAAGGAUGUAGCAAAUGGCCUUUCUUUUUCUGUUUUAUGUUUAACGAGUUAAUUCUUUAGUUAUUAAUGUGAAGCGACUUUGUACACGAGAUGGGAAAAAAAAAUUAUGAGAGUGGGUAACGAACUAAGCUAGAGUGCGAAGAGAUUUACGUUUAAUGCUAUUCUAUGCAAAUAAAAAAGGAAAAAUGUUAUAAA